CGCGGAAGCUGCCGGGGCAGAGGCGGCGGGCGCGCAGCCCGCGGGCGCGGGGCAACAUGGCGCCGAGCCGGCCGCUAUUGCCGGCCGGGCACGCGCAGCCCUCCUUCCUGCGGGAGCUGGGCCGGCCCGGGGCCGCCCCGCCCCACCGCCCAGCUUUCGAUUCUCCGCGGGAGCCCCUCCCCCGCACCGCGGCCGCCCGAACCCGAGCCCGAAGGCUGAAUGGCGGGCGCAGGGGCGCAGAGCGGGACACCUGGGGAGCCGGGCCCCGCGGAGCGCGAGGACGCGAGCGGCUGGCGCUGCCCGGAGCACGGCGACCGCGUGGCCGAGCUCUUCUGUCGCCGCUGCCGCCGCUGCGUGUGCGCGCUCUGCCCGCUGCUGGGCGCGCACCGCGGCCACCCGGUCGGCCUGGCGCUGGAGGAGGCGGUGCACGCGCAGAAACUCAUCCAAGAAUGUUUAAAGCAGUUGGAAGCCAAGAAGCACCAGCAAGUUGGCAACAUAACCCAAAUAGAAGACGCUGCUGAGAAGCUCAAGGCUCAUGCAGAGUCAAGUAAAACCUGGCUGACGGGAAAAUUCACUGAACUCAGAAUACUACUUGAUGAAGAGGAAACGCUGGCCAAGAAAUUCAUUGAUAAAAACACACAGUUAACCCUCCAGGCGUACAGGGAGCAAAUCGAAUCUUGCAAAGAGCAAAUAGAUGGCAUGCACAGUCUCUCCAGCAGGGUCUGGAGUAUCAGCCAGGAGCCCGAUCCCAUAUUGCUGCUGCAGGAGUACAGGGCCGCGGAGCAGGAGAUGCAGCAGCAGAUGAGCCUGGGAGAACUGUGCUACCCCGAACCCCUCUCGUUCGAGCCCGUCAAGAGCUUCUUUAAGGGCCUCGUGGACGCCAUGCAGAGCAUGUUACGGACGCCACUGGACGUUCGCCUGAAGGAGAACACGAACUGCCAGCUCUCGGGCUCCACGAGCACCAAGCUAGUUUCCCUUUUGAAAACAAGCCCCUCACCAGAGCGAUCACUCUUCUUAAAAUAUGCGCGCACGCCCACCCUGGAGCCGGACACGAUGCACGCACGCCUGCGCCUCUCUGCGGACCGCCUGACGGUGCGCUGCGGCCUCGUGGGCCGCCUGGGACCCACGCCCGCGCUGCGCUUUGACAAGCUGUGGCAGGUGCUGGGUCGCGACUGCUACGCCGCCGGCCGCCACUACUGGGAAGUGGACGUGCAGGAGGCGGGCGUCGGCUGGUGGGUGGGCGUGGCCUACGCGUCCCUGCGGCGCUGCGGGGCCUCGGCCGCCGCCCGCCUCGGCUGCAACCGCCAGUCCUGGUGCCUCAAGCGCUACGACCUCGAGUACUGGGCCUUCCACGACGGCCAGCGCAGCCGCCUGCGGCCCCGCGACGACCCCGACCGUCUCGGGGUCUUCUUGGAUUACGAGGCCGGCGUCCUCUCCUUCUACGACGUGUCGGGCGGCAUGAGCCACCUGCACACCUUCCGGGCCACUUUCCAGGAGCCGCUCUACCCGGCCCUGCGCCUCUGGGAAGGGGCCAUCAGCAUCUCCCGGCUGCCCUAGGGGCCGAGACCGGAGUGACCGCCCUAGGCCUCCCACUGCUCAGGUCUCCCCACCAGACCCAGUGUGGCUGGGCUACUGCCAGCUCCCAAGCACCCCCGUCUUCUCCCCCACUAGUCCUGCCGGGUGCUUUGAAAAGGCUCCUCUCUCUGGCUAGUUUCAAACAUGCCCUAAACACAGGUCCUCUACCGGGUCUCACUGGACCUCUCCACCACCACCAGCGCCCUGCCACUACACUGCUUUUUUUCCAAGUGCCACCUACAAGAGAACCUGAGCACCCUGACGGUGUCAGAAUAGGUCAGCCUCAGCCUCAGGCCUCUCCCUCAUAGAGCAGUCAGCAAUGCCUGGCACUUAAUAGGCGCACAAUAAAUGUGUGAAUGAAUGAGUCAUCCAGCCCUUUCCCCCUAAUGUCCCUUUGACCUGCCUCCUCCUCUCCACUCCACUUCAGCUUGUCCAUGUCACUUUUCAGAGCAGCCACAAGAGCAUCGUUAACACCUUGGGGCCUGAACCCUCUCCCAUUCUCAUCCUCCUCUGUACAGCCAGAUUGCUGUGCCUAAAACCUCAUUUAACCUCUUAGAACUACCAAGAGGUUCCCAAGGACCUCAGGGAGAAAAAAGGCACUUUACCUUAGCAUUCAAGGCUUUUCUAGUCUGCCCCCAAACUCCUUAUGCUCAUCUAGCUUCUACUGCUCUUUUCAGAGACCCUCCAGUCAGAGCUUUCGGCACCUUUGCCUUUGCCUGUCUCAGCCUUCCCCUGGCUUAACUGCCCCAGGAAGUCUUCCCAAGCCACACUAGGAGAACCACACAUCUAGGACCUUGCUUUCCAGCUAGGUUGGAAGCUUUCCAAGGGCAGCUAUGUCCUAUACCCUCCCCACCCUGAAAAGGUCAGGAUGUCCCUUUCCCUCCCAGUGACCAGCAGCUGGCUAUCAUUGAAGCAAAGAACAGCUGAGCUGAGAAGUCCUCAUGAAUCACCCAGCCUAACCUCUCUGUACAUUUGGGGAGACUAAGGUCCUAAAAGAAAGUUCCUUUAAGUUGGGCCAUGCCCCAGCCCCAAGGCAAGUGUUUUACUUGCCCUGUCCCAGCUCUUCAGGCCCAGCUUUCAAUGUGGGAGAUUUUACUGCUUAUUCAUUCCUCAAGGGAUGUUGGGAAGAAACCAGCGGGCGACCGUUGCUUAGCAACCACAGGCAGUUUUCCCAACUGUCUUGGAACUAAAAGAGGAGGAGCUAAGAGUAAAGUCUGGACGGCCCAGAGAACCCCAUCCUCCAUCAAGAAGUGACAAAUAGAAAAGGCCAAACCAGGAGGACCUCACAGGCCAGCUCCUCUAGCAGGAAGGGGAAGGCCUCUUUUCUGGGUCUGUGCCUCCGUUCUGAAGAUUUAGCAUCAUUAUUUGUCAAAUUCCCUAGAUGGUUUUGAAAUCAUACUGUGUUAAAUUACCUUCUUAGGUGGUUGGCAAGAGGGCAGUGGUAGGGUGAAGAAGAUGCAAAGCUGAAACCCACUUACGGUUUCAGGGCAUUCAUUAAUUUGAAGUACAUAAAAACGCCAAUUUCUAGUAGUUUUCUGACCUAAAAAUGCCACUUUCAUACAGGGCAAUGUAAUACAAGUGGAAAUCAAGGCAGAAGGAACCUUAAAGAGUGCCUUUGGUUGUAACCAAGUCACUUAAAACUCUAGCUGGAUAGAGAGCAUAGUGUCUAAGCACACUGCUCCGGGAAUCCUGAAAAGAGGGGAAUUAAUUCUACUGGGGAUGACCCAGAGCUGAAUUCUGACAGGGCCUCCCCGACAGAAGAUGGAUGCGCCUGACCCUGCAUCUCUGUUUCUCCCUGCAAACAAAGACGUAUUUCCAGACCCAUGGCAGUCAGGGCCAAGUAAUAAGAGCACCUGUUUUGUCAGGCACUGUUCCAAUGCUUUACAACUAUUAACUCAUUUGAUCCUGACAUCAUCCUUAGGAGGUAGAAAGUUACCCCAAUUCUACACAGGGCAAAACGGAGAUCCAGAAUGAGUAACUUGCUCAAGGUCACAGAGCCAGUGGUGGGGUUGGGGUCGUGCUCACGUCCGCCAGGCCAUACUGUUCAGGUGAACACGGCUGGUCUCUGGCUGGUGCCUGCUCGCUCCUGUUUGGCCUGUGAUGCUUCACUUUGGCCUACUGAGUCUGCCUUCGGGUAACUUUCCUUGGGCUGAGAUGAGGUCCUGCACCCGGAGAGGAACUUGAGUUUGGAAUUCACAUAUCAGAGACAGAGCUGGACUAUACAGGACAAAAACUGGCUUUGACCCAAUGCCUACUCUGUAUCAAGACCUGUGCUGGCCAGAAAACGGUGGUUUCGGUGCACAGUCAUGUGACCUCAGGCUAGUCAUUUCACUUCUGGGAGAGUCAUCUGUAAAAUGGGGGUAAUGACCCUGCCUGCUAGUGUUGGGAGGCUCACGUGAGCCAGUGGUUAUGAACUUGCUUUAAAAACCAUACAGCCCUGUACCAUGCGAGGACCCGUCAGCAUUCCCAGCAGACAGCCUGCAGUAGCAGGAUAGUCUCAAUACAGGACUAGAGUUUCCUUGGGGUCUGUGACUAUAAAAAUCACUUAAUUCUCCUUCAGAUUUAUACUUACAGAAAUUUCUUAAUACAGCAAACUGCUUGCAGAUAUUUUUUAAAUGACCUUAAUUUUAUAAACUGUGGUUUGUUUUAAUAAAUAUGAAUAUAUCCCUGGUAACCAUGUUCUUCACUGGGAGUUCAUGUUGCUUCAAGUACACGGCACUGAGGCCUGGACAGGACUUCACUCACCUCCCGUCCCCUCCACAAUUUCUUGUGGCAGUCAGCUGGUCCCAGGUUGAAUAGGGCCAGUGAUGGGGAGUUCACCACAUAUGACUAUAACUGAGUGCUUGCCUACGUACAAAGAGGCACUACCUUCUAGCUAUUCCUACCCAAGACAGUACUGCGUAGCUUUUGGCAUCUUUGUGAUCAUCCUUUAGCAACAUGGAAGCCAUCUGUGGUCACUUACUGGUUCUUAAGAGAUUCCAGGACCCUUCCUUGCCUAUUGAUCUCUUCUGUUUCUGCAAUUCUACUUUGUCAGGGAGCAGGGGAUCGUGAGGUCAGCCUAGCAGAGGAUACGCACAGGUGGGCCUGCACAGCCUGGUCCUGGUGGGCAGGAGUCUGUACUAUGGAGAGGGGACAGCCUGCCCAAGAAGCCAAGCUGCAUGUGAGGUGAAGUUAGGGGUAAGCAUGAGAGUGGGGGGCCAGAUCUGAGUCCAGCAUAUCCCCAGAAGCCUUCCAUGGUUCCCUACCACCAAUAGAAUAAAGUCUAAACUCUGCAGGCUUUUAGGCCCUUGCUUCCUUCCUCCCCCCCCCCUUUUUUUUUUAAGAUUUUAUUUAUUUAUUUAUUUGAGAGAGAAUGAGAGAGAGCACAUGAGAGGGGAGAGGGUCAGAGGGAGAAGCAGACUCCCUGCCGAGCAGGGAGCCCGAUGCAGGACUCGAUCCCAGGACCCCAGGAUCAUGACCUGAGCCGAAGGCAGUCGCUUAACCAACUGAGCCACCCAGGCGCCCCCCCCCCUUUUUUUUUAAGACUUCCUUAUUUUAAAGAGAGAGCACGAGCCCAGAGGUGGGGGUGGACAAAGGGAAAGGGAGAGAGGAUCUCAAGCAGACUCCACACUGAGCGCAAAGCCUGACGUGGCGCUCAAUCUCACAAUCCCAAGAUCAUGACCUGAACCGAAACCGAGUCAGCUGCUUAACCAACUAUGUCACCCAGGCACCCCCCUUGCUUCCUUUCUGACCACCUUCAAAAUCCUUCGUCCCCAUGGAGCCACUCCCCGCCAAACCAUCACCUGCAUGUCCUUGGACACUCUGGCACCUCCCAAGCCUGUGCCUCAAAUCCCAAGAUUCCUCCCUCUGUCACUUCUCAACCUACAAGGCUGAACUCAAGUGCCACCAUGGGGCCUUCCCUGGCCAGGCCUCCUCUCCUAUCCCUAAUCCCAGGAUUCCCAUCCAUGGCUCCAUGACCUUUAGAAAACAUCGCAGCGAUUCACACAUGUGGGGUACAGUUCGUAGAGGUGCCUGCACCCCACAGGCCAGGAACUCUCCAACGGUACCCGUCUGUGCACCUCCCACCUGGCAGGUGGCCAAGGAUGUCCUCUAUACCUGAGCUUCCCAACCACAGUGGACUAAAGGUACGCUGGGCUGUCAAUCCUUCCACCCUCAGGUCGGCCAAGUGCAGCACGAGGUAGCCCGCUGCUACUGGCUAUGGGCACACUGACUACCCACCCAUGUCAUACGCCGGUGAUCCUUUUCAAUCACACUUCAAUUCUCAGCACAUCAAUUUGACGCAUUCUCUUUUACACAUGAGUACAGCCCAGGAUUCCCUCCCCACCCCACCCCGAAA